UUUUAGACACCAUAAAAAAAAAAAAUUUGUUGUUUAUUUUGAAACACCCUAAUCUAUAUAUUAUUAAUCUAUAUAUCCAUAUUAAUUUAAACUCAAAAAAACAACCCGGUUUAAAAAACUGACCCUCAAGUUAUCUCUGUGUUACGUUUGGGAAUAUUCAAAAUAUAGUUGCGCUCUUUGAUCAGUCGGUAAUAAAAGUUUCUUUAAAAAAUAAACUCUAGGUACCAUCUGUUAUAAAGCGCACAAAUGAUUGGCAAAGUAUCUGACAUCUGAUGUUCAAAUUUACAAUUUUAAAUAAUUCAAGAAUCUCAACUACUGAAAUUUGACAAUCUCAGGCCGACUCCGCUAAACAAAUUAAUUUAUACGUUCCAGUAAAAAUAAACACAACUUCUACUGUACAUACAUUAGUUUUAAGGAAUAACAACAAACAAUUUUCUAUUCAUUAACAAAAUUUAAAACGAUAAAUUACAAAAUUAUUUAGUUUUUUUGCAACAAAGAUUCUGUGAGAUAUAAAAUAGCUGACAUUUACUCGUAAAAAUAAAUAUAUAAAAAUCACAAAAAAAUGGAUAUUUUAAAUUCCGAAUUUGAUUUACCAAUUAAAUACAUGCAAUCAGUCGAUGGAAGAAUAUGUGCGACAGUAAACAGAAAUUGGCUGAAAAAUUUAAAAAAUGUUGGUAAAAUAAUUUUCAUAACACACGACCGUCUGUCUGCUGAUGAAAUUGCAGCACAACCUUCUCUCGAAGAACUAGGAUCUAAUUGGACACGUAUUUAUAUCAAAGUUUAUGAAAAACAAUUUAGUAAUGCUAUACCAUUACCACGAGAUAAACAUUCCACGAAUAUAAAAAUCCAAUCAGAUCUUACAUUUUCACAACUAUUACGUUACGUCUCCGAAACAAAUUAUCGUAAUUUAUGGAAAGAGUCAUACAAAAAAUACUACAGUAUAUGGAAUUUACACGAAUCUAAAGAACAAACAUUACUAACACCAAGCAGUAAUGACGUCGCAGUAAUGCAUGAAGUGUUGUCAAGACUUUACGGUUGUCCACUGAUCCAUGUUAAAAAUAACCAAGUAAUUUCAGUAACACCUGGUGUAAAUAAUAAUUAUAAUUUGCAUUGCAAUCUUUUACCCGUAAUGUUUGCCGUUGAAACGACGUCAGCUUUCAUGAUAUUUCAUGAACAAACAGCUAAAUUUUCCCUCCAUGAGUGUGUGAUGUACAGUCCUGCCACUUUGUCGACCAGUUACAAUAAACCAUUAUUUUUAGUCUAUCAAUUAUUACAUUUGUCGAGAUACCUUCACGAUUCGGGACUAGCCCUCGGUGAAAUAACUCUCAGUGAUAUUUUAUUAAUGGAUAAUUAUACAAUACAGGUACUGCCUAAAUUGGAUGACAAUAUUUAUUUGAAACCGGACGUCCAAACUCGUGCCCUUAUAGAAGAAAAUAAACCAAUAAAUUAUACUGCUAUUAAACUAUCAUCCAAUUCGCUGAAAAUGGACGGAACGAAAGCUCCCCCGAGCUUUGGAUUAAAUGAAAACAUUGAGAGUCUCUGCGAGAUGUGGAUCUACGGUCAGAUCAGCAACUACGACUACUUAACAGCGCUAAAUAAUUUAGCUGGGCGCAGAUUCGGUGAUCCAAGUUGUCAUCACGUGAUGCCCUGGGUGACGGACUUCAGUUCGCGGUCAGGAAAAAAUUGGCGGGAUCUUACCAAGUCCAAGUUUCGUUUGAACAAAGGCGACAGGCAGCUUGAUUUGACAUUUGAUUCACAGACUACUGAAGUAGGCCAUCACGUGUCUGAUGUUCUAUCAGAAAUAACUUACUAUGUAUAUUUAUCACGAAGAUACACGCGAUCAGUACUUUGUAAACAUGUGAGAUCACAUUGGGUUCCAUGGGAAUAUCCGGCGUCUAUUCAACGGCUGCAGGAAUGGAGUCCCGACGAGUGCAUUCCACAAUUUUUUACGGACCCAAAUGUUUUCAAAUCAAUCCAUGAAGAUUUACCUGACCUGGAACUGCCGAGCUGGGCGCGUUCACCCGAGGACUUUAUAGAGAAACAUCGCGAGGCCCUGGAGAGCUUCUACGUAUCGGAGAGACUGCACCACUGGAUAGACUUAACAUUUGGCUACAAAUUGUCAGGAUUGCCAGCAAUUAAGUCUAAAAAUGUGUGCCUACAACUCGUCGACAAUCAUACUAAUUUAACCAAUUCCGGAGUGGUUCAACUAUUUACUCAUCCUCAUCCUCAGAAAAUAGUACCGUCGCCCUACUGGAGUAAAACCGCGCCACGGUUACGAAAUUUAACGCCAAAGAAAUCAAAGACUGAAAAAUCAGCAGACAAAGUAAGCGAUGACGAAGGGCAUAGUUCUGGAUUUGAAGAAGUUGAAUCUCCUGUAACGACAUUAAACGUCACAAGAUCAUCCCCCCUGGCACUGAGCCGCUUAUUGAGUCGUUCGCGAGGUUCCCUGCUAGCUGCUGACGAAAACUCGCGAUCAGAAAAGUCAACCAGCCAGACAAUCCAACUUCCCAAAGACUACAAUCCGGUGGCUGCGCUCAAUCAAGUCGAGUCAGUGCACUCGUUUAUCAGCAAAGUGUCUCACAGAAUUUAUCAACCGGAAAUGAGUAACCAAACUGGACUUGCGAGUUAUAGACAAAUAGUCGCCUGUGCUCGCAUCAAGGAGCAGCAGAUCAUCGGCUGUUUAAUUGUUGAAAUAUUUAUGCCGAACAAAUUCCGCGCGACCUGGAACACCAGCAGGAUAUCAUUUUCUCGUAGACUUGAAACGUGUGUCAAUGUAUUGAAUAAGUUUCCGGAUUUGUUGCCAAAGUGCGUGAGGAACGCGGUCUGUCUUUUACUUCAAGUCAACAUAAUUCCCAAAAGCUACGGUAUUAAUAGCGAGUGCGACCUAACAGGAGACAUUAAUAACUUCCGGUAUCCGACAGUAACGCACAUGGGAUUGCCACCACCUUCAGCUCACCAAUUUCUCCAGCCGAUUUUAUCCAGCAGUCUUUUGCCUUCACGAUACUUUCAGCAGCUGUUCCACGUUGUGCAGAUGCUCCAAGAGUACAACAACCUGGUGCGGGAACUGAACUCCGUUAUUCGUGAAGACGACGCGGAGGCUUCAAAUACUCGGGUGCAAUUUUUGUGCAAAAUAAACGAGUGCAAAGUAAAAGCACUCGCUAGAGAACUAGAGCGGCUUUUAUUAUCGUACACGGGAAAUUUGAAUGAUUUUAAUUCGAUUCUUAGAUUAAUUGUUCCUCAUAUUAAACAGAUAAUGGACGAACCCUACAGCGCAGUGUUAGCUGCUUGGUAUUUAUUCGACCCGAUAGGAAAAGCACUUGGACCAAAAGACACUGCCGAAACAUUCCUUGCGCCGAUAGUUAAAUUGUAUGAAAAUGGUUCGAUUAUUGACAGUAACAUUUACGCUGAUUAUUUACCUGUUGCGACUCUCGCUAAAUUCCGCAUCAUGAAACUUUAUCACCGGAGUUUUCUUCUAAAACUGAUGGUCCGUUUGGGCCUACGACGAUUCCUAGAAAAUUUUAUUACGCCGCUGGUAGAAGCUGUCGGUUGUUAUCGAGACCACCCCCAGACUUCGAGUAUCAAUCAGCAGCGAGCGGGAAAUCUCAAGAGCUGUGACCUGAGUGACAAUUCUGGCGAGGGUGAAGUGAUUCUGUCACCACUGGACGAGGAUUCUUCGGUGGACUCUGAGCAAAAUUUGAACUCCGUCACGCUGGCCUGUGAUCCCGAAAGCUCACGCGAGACACCGACGAUAGAAAAUGAAGUUGAAGAAGUUUUCACCAUGGAAACGGAGGAAAUUUUAUCACCGUCAGACAAUAAAGUCCUGCGGGAUCCCCACAUGGUGCUGAAUUUAAAUAUCAUCGACGACUUAGUCGACGAGGGAGUCCGCAAUUCACCUCCGGGUACAAUCAAGUCGCCGACGAUACCGAUACCCACUACGACUGACCGAGGAAUUAAAUUGGUAGCAGACUUUAAUACAAUCGGCUGUCAUGUCGGAAGUAAAACAUCCAGCGAAGAUUUGCCACUCUCUAGUUCUUACACAGGAAACAUUCAAACGUCAACUGCUGGAGAAACUAGCGCUUAUGAUUCAGACAAAGCAAAGACUGCAUUUAAAAUAGAUAUUGGAGCAACUUGUGAUGACGAACUGGACGAGUCUAAGGAUAAAAAUUUCGAGUCCGAGGCUUUGACUCCUCGGGAGUGCAAAGUAUCGGAAAUUAGCACUGAGUCUGUUAUCUGGCUGUCGCAUCGACUGGGUCCAGUUCUUACGGCUCGUUAUCUAUCGCGAAAUCUUCUGCGCAUGCUGACACUCUGCUACGCGGGAAGCAAUAAUUUAGUAGCAAUAGACGAAGAUCUGUAUUCUGAAGAAUUGCACUGGAGAAAAGUCCAGUUGGUUGGGGAUAUCAAUGCAAUGAAAGUAUUAGAAUCUUUGACAGCAAUAGCAAGUCUGUAUGGGGAACAAAUGAUCAUCUUGCAAUAUUUGAGUCACAUGGCUGAAUUGCUGACGCUGUGCAAACGUAAAUUAACUCCUAAUUUAGAAGGCGGACUGGUUUCAUGUCUAGCACUGCUCUCUUUCGUGACGCCCUGCCUAGGAGAUGCUUCGCUGAUGGACGCACUGCACGAGACGAUAGUAAAAUCCAUUUUACAUCCAACUGUCCGAAUUCUCUCGACCACCAGAUACUCAUUUCCCAGCGGCGUAAAUGCGCGCACUGCACUGGCCAAUAAAUGUCUCGAAGUAUUGUCGAGCCUCAGCAUCCGCCUAGGCAGCGCUACCACGAAGACUCACCUUUCUGUACCAAUUCAACGAUUUUUUUUGGCAUUCGACAAAGUUUUUAAUGCUAAGGGCCAAUCGCAAGAUGAAGAAAUUCCUAAAAAACGUGAUAAAUUUGAGGGUAAAAAAAUAAAUGACAGAAAUGAAUUUUUAAAAGAUUCAACGCAUGAUUGGACUCUAGUUGAUUCAUCUUCAAUGGGAAUCCAGGCCGCUGCAGCUGACAUAGCUGUCUCAUACUCACCUCCAAUAUUAGAUCACGACGAAACGAAUCCCCAGAGAAAUCAAGCAUUUGAAGAACUCAAAUCGGUAUUUACAUUAGAGUUUGCUCACAAAGCAUAUUUACUUUUCUACCGUCACUUGGACGAAGGUAUGAUGGAAGAUUUGUUAAAAAAUCAUCAAUUGAUACGGGAGCUCUGUGAACAAUACGAGCAAAAUCUGCCUACAUGUGACAUUGGGUCAAGUAAAUCUGACCCGACAUAUCUGCAGACCGCUGAAACUCCGUCUGAGAGCGACGUUAUCGUCAAAGGAAUCGGCAGCUUCGGUAAUAUUUCAGUAGUUGGCAAUAGAAUAGAAGUAGGCGAUACUCUGGACAAUUUAAACCCGUCAAAUCGCGACGGGCCUGUCUCACACGGCCGUCAACUGCGUGGCAACUGGUUAGCAUACUGGGAACACGAAAUCGGUCGCCCUGACAAAGACUUGAGUUUUAAUAUUAAGCAAAUAAAACUCCAAAGCUUCAGCGGACACACCAAUAGCGUAAGAUGUUUGCACGUGUUGGACAACGAGAACAGUUUUAUGAGCGGCGCUCGCGACAAAACAGUAAAACUCUGGAGUAUCCGGAGCCAAGGUGACGGAACUGGAGUCUCUCCAUGCCAGUACACCUACACAGGGCACAAAAAAUCAAUUUUAGCUUUGACAUUCUUAGAAUCUCUACGAUACGCAGUUACUUGUGACGGCGCAGUCCACUGCUGGGAUCCAUUUAUGGGCUCAUUACUCGGCUGUCCCGAGAGUUCACGCGCAGCUCCCGUUAAUGCUCUGGCAGCAAAUAAUACACCUUCGACAUCACUAUUAGCAGCGACUACUGACGUGACACUUCACGUCAUAGACUGCCGUACUUUCUCGUACGUAAACGAGUUAAAAGUAGCCAUCAAUCCCGCGGGAUUGAUCAGGUGCAUCGCUGUGGCACCAAGUGGACACUGGGUAGCACUCGGUCAAGCCUCAGGAGUUCUUACUAUCCUUGACAUCAGGACCGGUCUGAUAAUCGCCUCAUGGAAAGGCCAUGAGUGUGAAAUCCUACAACUGGAAGCAGUUAACGAGACCACUAUCGUCAGUUCGUCACUGGACCAAACGAUUGCCGUGUGGAGUGCCGUCGACGGUAAAUUAAAAUUCCAUUUAAAAGGCGCCACUGAACCUGUUCACUGCAUGGCGCUGUACGAACAGCAACUGAUUUCCGGUACAACCGCGAACCGAAUCGGCGUCCACGCGGCAGUUGACAACACCGCGGUAUUUUCAUCUUCAAAACUAAAAUCCGACGCUUUCAAAGGCGUACUCACUGCUAUGACCGUACUACCGCUAAAUAGACUUCUGCUACUGGGAUCUGACAACGGCGGUAUCACUCUACUCUGUUAAUUUAUUUACCUGCUAAAAAUGUGUAAUAUUUUAUUUAUUAUUUUUUUUUUUUUUA